CAUGGUCAUAUCGACGUCGUGCGUCUUUACAUGGAAGCUAGGGUGAAUCCCACCAUUCAGAAAAUCAGAGGCUCCACAGGUUUGCAUAUUGCUGUCGAACGAAUGCAAGAGCCUACACUUAUUCAACUAUCCGGGGAGCACAGUGCAGACGUAAAGGCCACAAAUGAUGACGGAACGACUUUAAUUCAUCUCGCUGCAGCGAAUGAACACGCGCCAGUGCUCGAAUACCUUUUGCAAAACGGAGCGAACGCCGAGACGAUUUACAAGAAUAAAAGAACUCCGCUCAUCGCUGCAGCACGCCACGGAAAGGGUUUCACACACGAUCUGACUAUUAUCACGAGACUAUUGGAAAAUAACGCCAACCCGAAUCUUUACAGUCGAAAAAGGGGUGAAAACCCAGUUCAGAUGGCUAUCCGUAAAGACAUGGGAGACGUCCUCGAGAGCCUAGUGGAAAAGGGUGCUAAUCUUUCCUACCAGGAUAUCAGAGGCCGUGGGGUUCUUUCUUAUGCUAUUGCGCGGAACAGCAUUGAGAUUUUAUUGUGCUUAUGUGGCCAAUCUAUUGAUGUCAAUAAUCAGGACAAUGCCCGCCAAACACCACUUAUAUUUUCAACCAUCGGAGGUAUUCAAGUCGCAGUCUCGAGGCUCAUUGAUUCCAAAGCGUAUCUUUUACUGAAAGACAUUCGUGGAAGAGACGCGUUAUACUGGGCU